AUGUGGGACAAUGUCCUCACUGGAGCAUCGGAAACUGUGCAUGGAGGAGCGAAAGAGCUUGCAACAACUCACGGAAAGCGCCGGAUCCAUGUCUUACGGGCAUCGCUCGAACUUAUGAUGCCCAUCAGUGUAUUGAUUCGACUGUUAUGUGCGUUAAGAGAUUCCUUCAGGAUGAAUCGAAAUGUUCCAUUGCUGCAGUAUGAAGGUACCGUGCACAAGCAGAUUCUGGUAUUCGAUGUGCAUAUCGUCAUCUCUUGUGGCCAGAGAUUGAUAUUGAACGAGACUACUGGUCUGUAG